AUGCGAGGAAGUUGGCAAUUAGUGUUCGUUUGUGCCGCUUGGGCCGUGGCAACCCAUGGGGCUCCCGGCGGCGGCAGCGGCGACGGCGGCGGCGACGCCGACGACAGUGCGGGCCCGUGCAGAGUUCUGAAAGGCGUGUGCGAUUGUUCAUCUCAGGGCGUCGAAGCGCUCGCCUCAACGCCUUGGAGACACCUCGAGGUAACGAAGUUGGAUCUGCGCAACAACAGCCUUACGACUGUGCCGGAAGGUCUCAAAGAAUCCGUCGUUGAGGUAGAUCUUGCGUCUAAUCUCCUGACAGCCCUUCCGAAGGCAUCUGACCUCAAUCCUCAUACGAAGGUUCUCGAUGUCAGCAGAAAUCGCAUUUCGGAGGCUACAGAUGAACUUCGAACGCUUUCAGAAUUAGAGGAACUUCAAGUUCAUCGGAAUAACCUCACGUCUCUAGUCUUCUUGCCUGAACCAUGCGCGCUGCACCGCCUAGACGCUUCUCACAACUCGAUAUCGAGCUUGGAAGGACCGCUUCAGAAUUGCAUAAAUCUCGAAACUUUAACUCUGAAAUAUAAUCAACUAACUUCACUUAGUGACGAUACAUUCUCUAAAAUGGCAAAUCUCAAGUCGCUUGACUUAUCCAAAAAUCGAUUGUCUUCAGUACCUGAUGGGUCGUUCAAAGGGCUAACAGAGCUUCGUCAUCUUGACUUAAGUAACACCGACCUUACCGAUCUCCCGGAAAACAUCUUCGAUUCCCUUUUGCUUCUCGAAACUCUCGAUCUGAGAUUCAACGCACUAUCGUCUCUACCUGAUUCAACAUUCGCCACGCUGACCUCGUUGCAGACCCUGCGGAUCUCGCACAACAUGAUCGACAGUUUUCCCGUGAACGUCUUUGAAAAACUGGAGAACCUGGACCGCCUAGACGUAUCUCACAACGCGCUCAAGACUCUGCCGCCGAACGCCCUCGCGGGCUGCCCGCGUCUGCGCCACUUGUCAGCGGCCUUUAACGAAUUCACGUCACUUCCGGAGAGCGCGUUUUCCGGCCUGUCCCAGCUGACGGAGCUCGACUUGAGCGGCAACAGCCUCGCGGCCCUCCCUGCCGCCGUCUUUUCCGGUCUGGGCGACCUGAGGAAGGUGAACCUGGCGAAGAACCUGCUGGAGUCUCCGCCGGUGGACCAACUGGCGCACGCGGGCGAGCUGGAGGAGCUGGACCUGGGCUUCAACGCCAUCUCGCACCUGAGGGCGCGCGAGUUCGAGCCCCUGAGCAACCUCAAGCGGCUGGAGCUGAACGGGAACCACCUGGUGAAGAGAAGAGCAUGUUUAAGCCUCUUUUCGUCGCUGGACAACCUGGAGUGGCUGUUCCUGGACCACAACGACCUGACGGAGCUGACGGACGAGCACCUGGAGGGGUUGGUGCGCCUGCACACGCUCGACGUCACCUUCAACCGGCUGACGCGGCUGCCGUCGGGCGAGGCGUUCGCCGAGCUGCGCGACCUGGCGUUUCUGCGCGCGACGGGCAACCGGCUGGCGGCGCUGCCCGAGCUGCCGACCGGCUGCUGCGCGGCGCUGCGCGACGCCUCCUUCUGGUUCAACCGGCUGAGCGCGCCGGCGGCGGCGGCGCUGCGCUCGUGGCUGGGCGACGGCGCCGCGCUGCGCUACGUCGACCUGCGCGCCAACCCGCUGCGCGCCGCCGCGCUCCGCUGGGCGCUGCGCGAGGACGGCGCGUGGCCGCUGGCCGAGUCGCGCAGCGGCGACCGCGCCUGCGGCAGCGUGCUGCGCGGCAGGGCGCGCAUGCGCUUCUGCGUCGACGCCCCCGAGCGCGCCGGCGGCGGGCCCGCCGACUUCCGCGACUGGAUGGAGGCGGCCCGCGCCGACGCCGCCUGAACGCCGUCCUUUGCUUUCCCAACGCUGGCGGACAAUGGCGAGGGAGCGUAUGCUUGAAGUCCGAAUAACAUUUGCGUCUACUUAACAGACGUGGGGUGGCAAUGUUGCCACUUACUCUGGCGGCUGACACGUGGUUGUGUGCAUCAGAUCACAACAGUAGCAAGAAACAAAUCGCAAUAAGAUCACACAAUAGUAGACGACUCAGAACCGCACACGCGAUGCAUAACCAAAGAAGCAAUGACGCUCUUCUCAUUAUAGUGGUUUUGCGCUGUAAGAGUUAAGUUUUUUCUUAAUACGUUUCGCCAACUUUGCAGUGACGUCAACAGGAUUUGAAGCCUUUCAUUGGAUAUCGGAACCUCCUCUUCCCAGUCAUCCGCUAGCUCUCAAGUAGACAGAAAUGUUAUUCGAACAAAACGUGAGGCACUUUCUGAAAAUGCACAUGACGAAGGUCGUGUUCAGUACAUGGCAUUGAUCUUACGUUCAAGUGUUCUCCAAGAAGUAUUCAGCCAAGUUGUCUUCCAAUAAUUAAGCAAGAAAGGCAGUUGUUUGUACCUCGUUUAAUUCUCUUAUAUUUUGUAUCUAGCUCAUGCCGAACGUCAUCGUAACCGACUGAAAUGCCACCACGAUGUAACUUCACAUUACACAGCUAUUCUCUAAUAUUGACCUUCACAUAAAGGACACAUUUAUUAUGGAAUGUCAAUAGUUUCAAGCACCUUAGUAUGCUUCAAAGAAGCAAGAGAAAUUCGUAUAAAUAUAUUUCUACGUUUCUAUUGAUGUUCAUUAUUUGUUUACAAUAAAUCUUGUGACAUAAACAUUUUUCUUGUAUUCUCAUUCCUUUCUCAUUAUUUCUCUUAUACGUAAUGCAUACUAUGCCUAUCGGGAUAAUAUAAUUAAUCUAGAGAAACGCAUGCAAUGCUCGGGAAAAUUCGAUUCCUAAGAUAUCAAGGAAAUGUCGCUUUUUGGCCGCCCUGAUAUCGAAAAAUGUUUUCUUUUCAAAUACGUUCGUUCCUUCGAUCCGGUCUUCGGUUUGCGAACAACACUACGCGCUAAACUAUUGAUAGACUUUUUUUCGCCCUUUCACGAUAGUAAUGUAACGGUGAUAGCCAUAUCAUUACUAACUUUGUUAAAACAAGUGCUUCAAAUGAUUUCUCAUGAAAGUUUCUCGAAAACUCAAAAGGUUUCUGCGAAAAUGUGCUCACAAUUCUGCAUUUUUAGAAACGCUUCAGAAAUGCAAUUGACUCACAAAUGGCUCCACGUUAUUUCUUCAAACUUUCUAUACAUCUACCACUUGUUCAAAAUUACGCAAAUGUGUUUUUUUAGGAAACUAACUAGUACGAGAAAGUCUGCCAUUCUGUUGCUCUACUAGUUAGUUUUUUAUUCC